GCAACAUGAUCAUGCUCAGACUUUUUUGUGCUGAAUUUUUGUUGAAAUGAACAAAAGUUGCCCGGUAACACCCUAUAAACUCAUGUUAAGGUCAGUUGAACAGUGAAACAGUCUCAUCAUCGUAUUCAUUUUAGACUUAAAACAGCAGCAAAAUAUUGUUUCAAUAAUAAAUUUUCAAUCAAAAUAACUUUCAACUUUAAAGCAAAAAUUGGAAAAGAAGAGUAAAGGAGAAGAAGAGAAAAAAAGUUGAACAGAAAAAGACUGAAAAAGCAAGAAUAUUCAGAAUAUAUAUUCAACAAAAUUCAUUCCAACAUCAAGUUUAUCAAUUCCAAUUGACUCUGAUUAUUCUGUUCAUCUUCAGUGAUUUAAUCAAAAACUCACCAAACACAAGUCAAAAUUCAUCCUUCAUCUGUGGUCAUUUUGUAUUCCUUUAUUUGUGAUCAAUUGAUUGAAACAAGUUCAACUGUAAAUCACGUUUUCCACCAUUUCACCUGGAAUUAUCACAAUAAAGACUGAUUAACUUUGAACCUUUCUUUUUUUGUAAUCAUUUUCAUCAUUUGUUCACCUUUAACCAUCAAAGUGACCAUCGUUGGUUGAGUAAAACUUGAACACUUUUCAACUCAUCAUUUUCAUCAUUUAUCCAUCUUCACCUUCCUCUUCAUCAAUCAUGUUACUUUGGAUUCGAUUAGCUCUAUUCCUAGUUUUAACCUGUUCAAUAUGUUCUUAUGGUAAAGUACUUAUCAAGCGAACUCAUGAAGACCAAUCGGAGUUACCUGAAUGUUGGAAUGAUAAUUCUGCAUGUUCUUAUGUUGAACUGAAUAGCAUGGGAAUCAGUGUACAGAAUAUUUGCCGUUGUAAGAAUUUCAAUUCAUGUCCAGAUCAAUUUGACCGUUAUGAUGGCCGAACAAUUGUCCACGGGAUUGGACAAUAUAAGUACUGUGAAGAGGCACCUCGAUUGAGGCCUUGUUCCAGCCAUGAUAUAGCUCUCGUUAUUACCUCUGAAUCAAAUCUUGAAACAGAAACAACUGAUUACAAGUUACAGUGUUUGUGUCCAAAAAAUAAUAUUUUUGUACUCAAUUCGACUCACUUGCGAGAUGUUGAUGGACUUACUAUUGACGCAUUUUUAUUUAAUUGUAAAUCGCCUGAAAUUUGUGGAUUUCGACAGCCUUGCAUGACAAUAACCCAAACACCGUAUACAUACUUUGAAAAAAAAGUUUGCAACUGUCCAAUGGAUUCCUUUUGUCCAACCGAUUUACGAUAUGCUUACCAAUCAACCAUCAGCCAGUUUAAUCGAGGAUCAGCGUUUUAUAUGCACUGUAUUUAACACUCUGGACAUUUUAACCUCUUCAAAUGAAACAGUGGAUUCGGCGGUUGCAAGUGACCAGAAAACGCCAUCAGAUUGAAACCUUUUUUUCUCUCUCUUCUCUAGUCUUUGGAUCAAAAGUUAACAGUAACAAAAACAAGAUCAUCUUUCAUCUCAUCAACUUGUUCAUCUUUUUAUUUCCCUUGUAAUCAUCCUUUUCAUUCCAAUUGCCAUCAAACAACAUAAAAUUUACAAUCAGUUGCUUUCACUUUGAUCGUUGCAAACCAUCAAACAAGAGCCAGUGAAAUCCACCAAAAUUGUAUUCCAAAUCCCUUCAGAAGAAAAAAAACUUUUCAUUUUCAUCAUUUUUUCCUUUGACCAUGAAAAAUUGUGUUUUACAGUAAAAAAGAAGCAAAUCUAAAAUUGAUAAACUUGUAAAGAAAAUUCUGCAUUCAUUUUAAACGAUUAACAUUAUUAAUUUAUCCCUUUCAAGUUUCCUCCACUUUACCCUUUUCCAUUACCAUUAUUAUUAGACUGGUAAGAUUAAUUUGACACCAAAUUUGAAAUCAGAACUGAAUCCAGCAACUAAACUGUUCACUUCAAUGGCUCGUUUUGUGUUUCUUUUUGUAAAUAUUAAAAUAAUUCAUUAUUUAUUACUUUCUCACCCUCACAAUUAUGUAAUAGAUAACUUAAUAGUGUAUUCAUCACAUUAUUUAUAUAUAAAU